AUGAAUCAAAACAAAUUAACAACUGCUGCUAAUAACUCACUCUCUCCGUCUACUAUAAAUAGAUCUAAGAAACCAUUGUCAAUAUCCACAACCGAUGUUGUUACUGCCAGUAGCGGAUCACCAGCAAUAACAGCGAAGGCUACAAGCGCAAAAACCGUGCGAUUCCAACAUGUUCGUAAGGCUCUACAAAAUUUUCGACUUGUCUGGCUUGAUUCAAAUUUAGACGAAUCUAAAGAUGAAUAUAAGAAAAUAAUACAAUACUUACGACACAUUGUAAUAUCCGUCACGAUAUUUACAGAUGUCCACCAAUGCAUUGAUUUUCUCAAUCAAAUUAAUGACGAAAAAGUAUUUAUAAUUGUAUCUGGCUCACUCGGACGUGAUUUAAUGCCAGAAAUUAAUGGUUUGCCACAAUUAUAUUCUACUUAUAUCUUCUGUGGCAAUCCAUCAGUUCAUGAACGUUGGAGUAAAACAAUAUCAAAGGUAAAAGGUGUAUAUACACGACUCGAACCGAUUUAUACAGCAUUAAGAAUCGAUUGUGAACGAUGUGAUCAAACUUUGAUCUCGAUGAGUUUCCAUGGCAUUGAUGAUUUUUUUAUGUAUACACAAUUAUUUAAGGAAGUUCUUUUGAAAAUUGAUGAUAAUGACGUUAAAUCCAUCCAAGAAUUUGUUGAUUACUGUCGUGUUCAAGGUGAGAUUCCUGAAGACCAGAUUGCAAAGAUUGAACGAGAAUAUCGUCUUCAUACAUAUCUUUGGUGGUAUACGGCUCCAAAUUUUAUUUAUUCGAUACUUAAUCGAGCUCUCCGAUUAUUGGAUGUCGAUAUGAUACUCAAAAUUGGUUUUUUUAUUCGAGACUUACAUCGAUAUAUUGAACAAUUACAUCGCGAACAACAGUCCAUGACGACAAUACCGACAAUUCCAUUUCAAGUAUUUCGAGGUCAGGGUUUAUCUAUUCAAGGCUUUGAAAAAUUGACAAAAACAGAAGGAGGACUUAUGUCUUUCAACAAUUUCCUUUCAACAAGUCGCAAUCGUCAUUUUCAGCUGAGCAAUUUUGCACGUCCGGCAGCAAGUGAGCCUGAUUUAGUUGGUGUACUCUUUAUUAUGACGAUCGAUCCAAAACUCUGCACAACAUUGUCGAUUCCCUUUGUCAACAAUUAUUCGAGUUUGCUUCAUAAUUCACCUUAA